AUGGGAGGCGGACCUAUCACCACGGACGUCGUGCGCUCGUCCUGCUUCGUGACUUUUCCCGAGCAGACUCACGCAGAUCCUGUACCAGUAGAUGCAUGGUAUUUAUAUGCAGCUGGUCUUACAUUUUUACGGCGUCUAGCACGAGACCGUGUGGGGGACGAGAUGUGCAUUGCAUUGCUGAUGCAGAUGCCUGGUGACAAGGACGGUGAGCGGCGCUACGUGUCCGUAAGCAACAACACAAUACUUCAACGGGCUCUACACGAUAAUUUUAGUAGCCCCGAUAAGGCGUUGAUACUCCAUGUGAUUGAUGUGGGAAAAGUGCGUGGGCAGAAACGCAUUCAUGUGCGGCGUGAAGUAAAUCCGAACGUUUCUCCAGAACCAGUUGAACGCUUGGGUCUUGUGUUUCCAACACUUUCAGUGAAUGGAUUAGUGACGCCAACAGCUGUAGAGAUUCCGUCGGUUGAAGUGACGCAUGAAAGUUUGUAUGAACAAAUGAGUCGGUCAAUGUUUAAUUACCGCAAAGACAACAGCGUGCGUUGGAGUGGAAGAGCAUGUUCCAAAAAUGUUGAAACGACAGAGACAAAGUUAAGUCAAAGUGCAUUCUUUGUAGCAGAACGAGAUUACACACAAAGGAAUAUGAAACGAAAAGAAUGGGAACAAGAGAACGAGACACAGCAAACAAUUCACAAAGCAGGCGUUCCUGUGGCAGUGGAAUCUGUUGAUGGUCUGCUAUCUAAAGCUAAGCACGUUGAUGUAGCAUACAAAAAAGGCAAAAACGAACAGCAAGUUGAUAACAGCAAUAUUCCUGUGGCAAGUGUCGUUGAGACGGAUACAACGGUGAUACCGAGCGACUACGUAAUGCUAGAGCUUCAAAAUGGCGCUGGAUUUCCAGAAGCUUCUGCUGCUACUAGCUCGCGAUACUUUAUUUCCUCUCGAUGGUCGGAACAAGCUGAUGAAAUGAGUGCAUCCAUGCGACUAGAACGUUCGCCAAUGCUCAUGGUUGAACCUUCCACACGUGUCACAAAUUGCGUGGACAGUACCGAGACGACAUCUGAUGUCAACGUUGAGGACUCUUUUGUAAUUCUAGAGCGUCAUGAGCUCUAA